AUGGCGAGGGAUUUUAGGAUUGUCUCAAGCGCCGAGAAUGGAGCCCACUUAUUGUCCAGUUUCCCUGGGUUCGUGGUCCUCAGCUGCAUGGCGGCCCCUCGCUCUCAGUCAUGUCCAUCGUCCUAUUUGUCUGCGGUGAUCACGACAAGAAACUGCAGAGGACUGAGAAGGUUACUUAUUAUGGGAACGGAGGCGGUGGAGACACCGCGGCUGCUGGUGUCGACGCCGUCGCCACUGAAUCGACCCGUGAGGAACCUUAGGAUGAGAAACACGAUAGAGCUUGCGACACGAAGGUUGAUCCGAAUGUAGUUUCCCACUGCUGCUUAUGUGGUUGCAGCGCCGACAGAUAUGGUGACUUUGAUCGGGGGGGCUGCGGAGGCUGCGGAGGCUGCGGCGGCGGCUGCGGCGGCUGA